AUGGUUAGUCUUGCUCCUGUGGUCAAUGGAAGUGGGUCAGGAAAUGGAACAGGAAGUGGGUCAGGAAGUAGGUCAGGAGGUGGGAUAGGAAGUGGGUCAGGAGGUGGAACAGGAAGUGGGUCAGGAGGUGGAACAGGAAGUGGGAGAGGAAGUGGGUCAGGUGGGACAGGAAGUGGGUCAGGAGGUGGAACAGGAAGUGGGUCAGCUGGUGGAACAGGAAGUGGGCCAGCUGGUGGGACAGGAAGUGGGUCAGGAAAUGGGACAGGAAGUGGGUCAGGAGGUGGGACAGGAAGUGGGUCAGGAGGUGGAACAGGAAGUGGGUCAGCUGGUGGGACAGGAAGUGGGUCAGGAGGUGGGAGAGGAAGUGGGUCAGGAGGUGGGACAGGAAGUGGGUCAGGAGGUGGGACAGGAAGUGGGUCAGGAGGUGGGACAGGAAGCGGGUCAGGAAGUGGAACAGGAAGUAGGUCAGGAGGUGGAACAGGAAGUGGGUCAGGAGGUGGGACAGGAAGCAGGUCAGGAAGUGGGACAGGAAGUAGGUCAGGAGGUGGAACAGGAAGUGGAAUGGAAAGUAGGUCAGGAGGUGGAAUAGGAAGUAGGUCAGGAGGUGGAACAGGAAGUGGGAUAGGAAGUAGGUCAGGAGGUGGGGCAGGAAGUGGGAUAGGAAGUAGGUCAGGAGGUGGAACAAGAAGUAGGUCAGGAGGUGGAACAGGAAGUAGAUCAGGAGGUGGAACAGGAAGUGGGAUAGGAAGUAGGUCAGGUGGUGGGACAGGAAGUGGGUCAGGAGGAGGAACAGGAAGUAGGUCAGGAGAUGGGACAGGAAGUAGGUCAGGAGGUGGGACAGAAAGUAGGUUAGGAGGUGGGACAGAAAGUAGGUCAGGAGGUGGAAUAGGAAGUAGGUCAGGAGGUGGGACAGGAAGUAGGUCAGGAGGUGGAAUAGGAAGUGGGUCAGGAGGCGGAACAGGAAGUAGGUCAGGAGGUGGAACAGGAAGUGGGUCAGGAGGUGGAACAGGAAGUGGGUCAGGAGGUGGAACAGGAAGUGGGUCAGGAGGUGGAACAGGAAGUGGGUCAGGAGAUGGGACAGGAAGUAGGUCAGGAGGUGGGACAGAAAGUAGGUCAGGAGGUGGAACAGAAAGUAGGUCAGGAGGUGGGACAGGAAGUAGGUCAGGAGGUGGAAUAGGAAGUAGGUCAGGAGGUGGAACAGGAAGUAGGUCAGGAGGUGGAAUAGGAAGUAGGUCAGGAGGUGGGACAGGAAGUAGGUCAGGAGGUGGAACAAGAAGUAGGUCAGGAGGUGGAACAGGAAGUAGGUCAGGAGGUGGAACAGGAAGUAGGUCAGGAGGUGGGACAGGAAGUAGGUCAGGAGAUGGGACAGGAAGUAAGUCAGGAGGUGGGACAGGAAGUAGGUCAGGAGAUGGGACAGGAAGCAGGUCAGGAGGUGGAAUAGGAAGUGGGUCAGGAGGUGGAACAGGAAGUAGGUCAGGAGGUGGAACAGGAAGUAGGUCAGGAGGUGGAACAGGAAGUAGGUCAGGAGGUGGAAUAGGAAGUGGGUCAGGAGGAGGGUCAGGAAGUAGGUCAGGAGGUGGGACAGGAAGUAGGCCAGGAGGUGGGACAGGAAGUAGGUCAGGAGGUGGAACAGGAAGUGGGUCAGGAGGAGGGUCAGGAAGUGGGUCAGGAGGUGGAACAGGAAGGUCAGGAGAUGGAACAGGAAGUAGGUCAGGAGGUGGAAUAGGAAGUGGGUCAGGAGGAGGGUCAGGAAGUAGGUCAGGAGGUGGGACAGGAAGUGGGUCAGGAGGAGGAACAGGAAGUAGGUCAGGAGGUGGGACAGGAAGUAGGUCAGGAGGUGGGACAGGAAGUAGGCCAGGAGGUGGGACAGGAAGUGGGUCAAGAGGUGGAACAGGAAGUAGGUCAGGAGGUGGGACAGGAAGUAGGUCAGGAGGUGGAAUACGAAGUAGGUCAGGAGGUGGAACAGGAAGUAGGUCAGGAGGUGGAACAGGAAGUAGGUCAGGAGGUGGAACAGGAAGUAGAUCAGGAGGUGGAACAGGAAGUGGGUCAGGAGGUGGAACAGGAAGUGGGUCAGGAGGUGGAACAGGAAGUAGGUCAGGAGGUGGGACAGGAAGUAGGUCAGGAGGUGGAAUAGGAAGUAGGUAA